AAUACAGCAGGUACAUUUGCUGUUGAUGUUGAUAACGCAAAGAAACAUUUACAAUUAUCGCAUCAGUAUUCCAGUUGCUGAUCGCAUUCUCUUUCACUUACUAUCAGUAUUGCUUCAAGUUCAAGAGUAACAAGUUCAGUGUAGUACAUUCCUACAAGUACAAAUCAUCUACCUCGUUAGCAUUAUGGUUGAAAAUAAGGAAAUUCCCUUCGAUCCCACUCCACUGGAAAAUGUCUACAUCAAUCUACGUAGCGUGGAGCAAUCGGUUGACCUUUUGACGUCGUCGCUUAUCAAGCGACAAACUCCAGCCCAAAUGCUCCACUGGACGCUGAAGGCGCUGCGUUUGACUGAUCUGACCACUCUUAGUGGCGAUGAUACGCGAGCCAAUGUUGAGCGGCUCUGUUUCCGGGCGGCUCAUCCUUUUCCGGAACGGCACCUGGCCGGGGCUGCCGUUGGAAGUAUCCAUACGGCUGCCGUGUGCGUCUACCCGAGUCGGGUACGCGAUGCCUAUGAAUCACUGAAGGCGUUGGGAAGGGAGAGCGAAAUCGGAAUUGCUGCAGUUGCAACUGGGUUCCCAUCGGGCCUAUACCCACUGAAAUCUCGUUUGGCGGAGAUCGAAUAUGCCAUCGACCAAGGAGCAUCGGAAAUCGACAUUGUUGUGGAUCGUAGUCUUGUGCUGAACAACAAAUGGAAGCAACUGUACGAUGAAAUUGUACAGAUGAGACAUGCUUGCGGCGAUCGGGCUCAUCUGAAGACGAUUCUGGGCAUCGGCGAGUGUGGAACUAUGGUCAAUGUUUACAAGGCAUCCAUGGUCGCCAUGAUGGCCGGAUCGGACUUUAUUAAAACUUCUACUGGCAAAGAAGCAGUAAACGCUACUCUGCCGGUAGGAUUGGUCAUGAUCCGUGCCAUACAAGAAUUCCGCAGACUAACAGGAAAGAAAAUCGGGCUGAAACCAGCAGGAGGCGUUCGCACUGUGAAGGAUGCCGUAGCUUGGAUGAUCAUGAUUCAGGAAACACUCGGUGACGAAUGGCUUCAGCCGGAACUGUUCCGUUUUGGAGCAUCAGGGCUUUUGGAUGACGUUGAGAAGCAAUAUUACAACCUCACUGCUAAAUACGUACAAAGCGCUCAUGAAAAAGCUGUUAAAGCGUAAUCGCUACAUCAUACGCUGAUUCUGCGAACGUUGAAAUAAUAUAAUUUUACAAUUUGACAAAAGCGCUUUGUACACUUCGCAGUAUAUAACAACUUCCACGAUUUUACUUUUAUUAAAAUUUGUACAAUGCAAUAACAAUAAAUAACUAAAAAUUGCA